AAUGUUCCAGUUGUGGAUCAAUCUAAUUUCUUCUUCACUAGGGCUUUCACUCUUGAUGACAAUAUUGUGUUGGUGACCUCAUUUUUCUGGGUUUAUGUUAUGUCUAUGUGGCUGUGGUGGGUGGUAACUAGCCUUCGCCAGACUAGCACUCCUGGUUCAUCAUCAUCAGGAUUCUCAUGGGUAUUUAACCUCAAGGGCAUUUCUGACAUGUAUCAAUCAUACGAAGAAACAAAUCUAUGGAAAAUAGUGGAAGAUGUGCCUCGAGGUGUGCAUGUUAAUUUUUUGAAAGCAGAAAGGAGCUUGCACAGGUGGGCACUUGAAGAUCUCCAGAGGAUUCAUUCCGCUGAGGAGCAAGCUGCUGAUGAGGGAGGUGGAGUUGAAAUGCAUGUUCUUGAAGAUGCUGGCCAUUGGCUUGCAGUGUUUUUGAAUGCAUAUCUUUUUCUGGUGUUAAGAAUCCUCAUUUGCUUGGCUGUCCUCUGA